AUGGGUAAAAUUAAGAAGAAGGGUACCUCUGGCGCAGCCAAGAACUACAUUACCAGAACUCAGGCCGUGCGCAAACUUCAGAUCUCUUUGCCGGAUUUCCGCCGACUAUGCAUCUUCAAGGGUAUCUACCCUCGCGAGCCCCGUAAUAAGAAGAAGGCCUCCAAGACGUCUACGCCCAACACCACCUUCUAUUACACCAAGGACAUCCAGUAUCUGCUACACGAGCCUCUGCUUAACAAGUUCCGUGACCAGAAGUCACUUGCAAAGAAGAUCGCCCGCUCUCUCGGCCGUGGAGAAGUCAGCGAUGCCUCCCGCUUAGAAAAGAAUAACGCCCCGAGACUCACCUUGGACCAUGUCAUUAAAGAGCGCUACCCGACCUUUAUCGAUGCCCUUCGUGAUCUUGACGACGCUUUGUCUCUUCUCUUCCUUUUCGCUACCCUUCCCUCCACCGACCAUGUUCCUUCUAAGACCGUUGCGCUCUGCCAGCGCCUCUGCCACGAGUUCCAGCACUACCUGAUCAUGACAAAUUCUCUGCGCAGAUCCUUCCUUUCCAUUAAGGGUAUCUACUACCAGGCAACCAUCCAGGGCCAAGACAUUAUGUGGCUUGUGCCAUACCGUUUCGUCCAGCGUGUCAAUGGCGACGUCGAUUACCGUAUCAUGGCUACCUUUGUCGAGUUUUACACCACCCUGCUGGGCUUCGUCAACUUCCGCCUCGACGAGAACGGUGCCGAGUUGGCAGCUUUCACUCUUGAGGGCCGGUCAGUCGGUGACGUGCCCAAGGCUCUUGAGGCUAGCAAAGCUCAGAGCAACGGCAACUCUAACAAGGAAGUUUCCAAGGAACUUCAAGCCAAGGUUGACAAGGUGAUCAAGAAGGCCGGUUUGGAUCAGGGUACGGACGAGGAGAUGGUCGAGACUACCGACGAGCCAACCGAUGCUAUCGACCACUUCGAGCCCGCCGCUCCUGAAGCCGACACUCUGCCCCAGCCCGCGAUGAGCGGCAACGAGGCCGGUGCCCUCUUCGCACCCUUCGUGUUCUACAUCUCCCGUGAAGCCCCCAAGGCUCCCCUUGAGUUCAUUCUGCGUUCAUUCGGCUGCAAGCGCGUUGGAUGGGCUUCCGUGCUGGGCGAUGGAGCCUUCACUCACGACGAGUCCGACCCCCGCAUCACUCACCAGAUUGUCGACCGGCCCCAACUUCCCCAAGAGUCUCUUCCCGCCAUUCCCGCUGCCGAUGAGAAGGCCGUUCAGAAGGUUCAGCCUGGAGCCCGCAUCCCUGGCCGUACCUACGUCCAGCCCCAGUGGGUCUGGGACUGCAUCAACGAGGGCAAGCUCCUCCGAGCUGAUCUCUACGCACCCGGUGCCACUCUCCCACCCCACUUGAGCCCUUGGGUCAAGGCUACUCGCGGCGCUUACGACCCGCGCGCCAGCCUUGCCGACCAGGAGGAUGAGGAUGAAGCCGAGAUUGCCGCUGAGGCCUCUGAUAGCGAUGAGGAGAUGGAGGACGAGCCCGCGGCUGAUGACAAGCCUGCUACUGCCGAGGAGUCUGAGGAAGAGUCUGUCGACGGAGGCAUGGAUGUCGCCGGCACCGACGACGACGAGAGCGAAGAGGAGUCUGAGGAAGACGAGGACUUCGGUGGCUUUGAUGAGGAAGCUGCAUCCGAGUCCGAAGAUGACGAUGAGGCUGCCCGUACUCAGCACCAGAAGGAGCUCGAGGCCGAAGCCGCUGGUCUGCCUUUCACCGCUAGCGCUGCUGCUGACGAAGCCGCCAAGAAGAAGUCCUCCAAGUCCAAGAAGGUGGCUGCCAAGAAGCGUAGCGAGGAUGAGGAGCUUGAGAGACAGAAGAUGAUGAUGAGCCGGAAGAAGCGCAAGCUGCUUGAGAAGAUGAUGUACUCCAACAAGAAGACCGCUGACGAGUCCGCCAAGCUUCGCUCCAAGAGACGCAAGCUUGAGAAGGGCGAGAAGGGUGAGAAGAACUAA